CACAUCCAUCCAACCAUCCAUCCAUCCUGUGACCAGUCAAAGAUACCUUAAGCUCUUAAGCUUCAACGUUUAUCAGGACUUUAAAUAUUGUUCGCAGUGUCCACCCACCGAUUCAGCAUGACAUUUCGCUCUGUCGUAGAGGAAAUUAUCAAGUUGUCCAACGUUCUACGCAGUGGGGCCGCCCAUUUUGUGUGUUUGAGCCAACCGCAACGUUGGAGCCCAACCCUUGUUGGCGACCAGUUCCAAGACAAGGGAGUUGUUUGGGCAGUGCCUACCUUUCGGGUCAGUGUGGAACGUCGCCUGAUGCGGCGCAUUUCACAUCCGUUCUUCCGCAUCAAGCCCAAGGACUACAUCAAGAGCUGUCAUGUGUGUGGCCACUUCCACUUGGCCCACACUACAUGCGGUCAUUGCUAUGGAAAGUUGAAGCAAGAGACUGAGCAGCUGCGUGACAUCAUUGCACAACGGCUCAAGCUGGAGCCAGUGGAAACUGAAGUGGUUGUGGCAUAUCAGGGCGAAAAGAAGCAGGGGCACUGUAUAGUGGCGGAAGUAGACCGACCACGACCAGCAUGGUUUACCAAGAACUUGACAAAAUAAUCUUUAUUGUGGUCCCUCUUAGUCGCAUGAAUAGUCACUUCUUCUUUGCUGCAGAUGGUCGUCAUAUCUAAUAUAGGUAUUAAAAGCUCCAUUUAGAUAAGUAUGCAGCAUUAUCAGACAAUUACAUGUGCUUCCUAAACCAGAGGCUGUGCUAUGUACACCUGUGAAUAAAAAAUGAUGCAGAUGUGAUCAA